UUUUAUUAAAAAAAAAAAAAGCUUAUAAUUAAAAAAAAAAAAAAAGAAACGCUCACCUCCAGCGACCAGCAGCGCGCGCGAUCAACCUCCUUGCGGGACGACGUGCGACCCACCGAGGAACCAGAGGGCGUACAAUCACGAGCGGCGUCGAAUUCUCCGGCGGAUCUAGUCAAGCAGCAGCGUGCGAUUUUCUCGACGCCACAACCUGCAUCCACGACGACGGAAGAUUGUCGACGGCGCGAACACCUCCUUGGGUUAGUUGACAACCACUCGCAAACGAGUCAUUCUGCUUUAGAUUCGCAAACUCACACUUCAGUGACCUCUGAUUGGGUACUCAGAUCUGAAUACCCGAGCCAUUUCGGAUUUGUGCGUUUGUUUCUCUUGAUGGAUUCUAGUGUUACUAUCGCUACUGUAAUUCUCAGUGUCAGCUUGAUUUUGAGCCGUGUUCUUUACGUUAUAUAUUGGAGUGGUAGACCUCUUCGAAACAAAAGUUUGGGACCUGUUAGUACCCUCAUUGUUUUAGGCUCAGGAGGUCACACGGCGGAGAUGCUCAAUGUGUUGUCUGUGCUGCAGAAGGACUUGUUUUCUCCAAGAUUUUACAUUGCUGCUGCUACCGAUAACAUGAGUCUUCAAAAAGCUCGUACAUAUGAAAACCAACUGGCCGAUAAGACUGGGGCUGAGGUAGACAAGAUUGCACAGUUCAUGCAGAUCUACAGAAGUAGGGAAGUAGGACAAUCAUAUUUCACUUCUGUUUGGACAACUUUAAUUGCCACAUUGCACGCACUCUGGCUAAUGCUUAAAAUUAAACCUCAAGUGAUUCUCUGCAAUGGCCCUGGUACCUGUAUCCCACUAUGCGUAAUUGCAUUCAUAUUCAAGGUUCUAGGAAUUAGAUGGUCUUCAAUUUUUUAUGUGGAAAGCAUUGCAAGAGUGAAGAGGUUAUCACUAAGUGGCUUGAUUUUAUACAAGCUAUACAUGGCUGAUCAGUUCUUUGUGCAAUGGCCACAACUUCAAAGGAUAUAUCCCCGCGCUCACUACGUCGGUUGUCUCAUGUAGUUGACAGUGGAAUUCCAUACAGAUAAGUAUAAAUUUUAUGGUUCCUGCAGCUAAAAUCUUGUCUGAAUUUGUCAUAUGCAGCUUUGAAAUGUAACAUAUAGGAAAAAAGUUGUCAAAUUUCUGUCGCCAUAACAGUUUUGACAAGGUUAUGUUUUUGUGUUUGAGAUAGAUUUUUCAACUUGCAAAGUAGUAAAUCUCACUUUUGUGGAGUGUUGUAUCUGUAAAGUUUUUCAUGGAGUUAUUAUUCUUUUCGUUUCUUGGUUUAAGUGUAGUCUUAUAGUCUCUGUUCAUACUUCUUAACAUUUGGAAGAAUAAUUGACGACUUAUCUAUCUAGUUAUGUUUGGAUUGAC